ACCCUGGAAGCCCUUCGCUGUCAAAAGUGGAAAAAUCUUAUCAGUGCUCUGAGUGAAAAAAAAAAUCGGUCCGUUUUAUAAUUCGUAAAAUCCGGGUGUUUUUACGUGUUUUGCGCGGUGAAAUAUAGUGCACGGUGUCACCCAAAGUACGGAAAAUCGAGUGGUGAUAAAAGUUCGAAUCGGUCGUCCGAUUUCGGCCGAUAAUUUCGAGUGCAAAGAAUCGAUCGAUAACAGCGCAGUAAAGUCGUCAUUUGCGGAGCCCACCAUCAUCAACAGCAGCAGAGGAAGAAAGUGAAAUACCAAAACAAUGAUCAGUUUGUUUUGAACGGGGGUUAUUUUCAUGUAAAUUGCAUAAAAUAUACAAAAAAAUACAUCGUAAAGUUUGGUGAUUGAGUGACAAGGAACGGAGAGCGAACGGCGAACACCAUGCUCAGCACGAAUCUGGUGGUUCCGGUGGUGCUGUGGGGCCCCAACACCCCCACCCAUUGCGUUUCGAGUGUGUUUUUGUCACGAGACCAGAAAAUCCUUGCCACUGGCUGCUACGAUGGGCAAAUUUGUUUGUGGCAAGUGGACCCUGAUACGCUGCAAAUGACUCCGCGUUGUUUGCUGGUUGGCCACACGGCACCGGUUCUUUGUUUGACCCGUGCCUCCAUCAUACAGGACAAUAACUUUCUGGUGAGUUCGUCGGAAAAUGGAGAAAUGUGCACCUGGGAUCUGGUGGAUGGCAAAUGCACCGAGAGCAUCAAAAUGGCCCAGGUGCAUACGAACAUCCAAGCCUAUCAUAUGGCCAAUUGUGAUGACAUCCGGCUGUUCUGCAAUGGGUACUAUGCGGAAAUCAUGGUGAUGGAUCCGUUCAGCUUGGAAGUGCUGUUCUCUUUGAGUUCCAAGGUCAACCCGGACUGGAUUUCGGCUCUGCACGUGCUGAGACCCUCUAAGCGUAAGGACGAUGUUGUGCUGGCCAUCACCACGACCGGAACCGUAAAAGUUUGGACGUUGAUCGGCAAUGAGAACAAGUACUCGGAACCGAUCUAUGAGAACGAAUCCAAGCAAAUCCGGUGCCUGAACGCCAUCACGAUGAAUUGCUGUUCGCAGAAUCAGCGCACGGUUCUGAUCGUUUGUGCCAAGUAUUGGCAAAUUUAUGACGCUGGUGAUUUCACCGUGCUAUGCAGUGUGAUUUCUCCCUCCGGGGAACGCUGGAUGGGAGGUGACUUUUUGGCCAAUGACCGCGUUAUUUUGUGGUCCGACGAGGGCAAAGGCUACAUGUAUCGGUUACCGGCAAACAGCAUUCCGGACAACAAGGACUUCCACGGGCCAUCGAUUGGAAAGGACUCGCCGUUUUUGUACUGCGUUCUGUCCCAAACGGGCGAGAAACCCUUGUCCUGUCCACCAACCAUGAAACUGGUAACGUCGAACCGGGGAGGAAAGACACAGAAGUAUCUGUUGCGUGGUGAUUCCGAGGGCUUCAUCAAUAUCUGGGCCGUGCCGGACAUAUCGAUGGAGCAAAUCAAGGUGAUUCAGAAUGAGAAGAGACUACCUUCGACUCUUGAAUCGACGAUUUGUACCAGCUUGGAGGAGGCUUGGAACAAAAUGAACCCCCUGCCGGUGGGUAUCCUGGAUCAGCUGUACCGAAACAGUACCGAACCGAUGAUAAAGUUGACGGCCAGCAUCUAUCUACCGUUGCAAAGCCGGCUGGUCGUUGGCCGCGAGGAUGGAAGCAUUAUUAUAGUGCCGGCCACGCAAACCGUUAUGCUCCAUCUGCUGUAUGGACAGCAUCAGGAAUUGACGGAUUGGCCCCGGCACCAAAUAUUGAACGGACACAGUGGUCGCGUGAACUGUUUGCUGUGUCCAUCGUUGGCACACCCCCGCUACGACAAGUCCCACCUGGUGUCCGGCGGGGUUGAUUUCGCCGUGUGCCUGUGGGAUCUGUACAGUGGCCAGUUGCUCCAUCGGUUCUGCGUUCACGCCGGAGAAAUCACCCAGCUGCUGGUACCACCGGCAACAUGCAGCCCCCGUAUUUUGAAGUGUAUCUGUUCGGUCGCUUCGGACCAUUCGGUAACGCUGUUGAGCCUGCAGGAAAGAAAGUGUGUAACCUUGGCCAGUCGACAUCUGUUUCCAGUUGUGUCUAUCAAAUGGCGUCCGUUGGAUGAUUUCCUGAUUGUAGGAUGCUCGGAUGGAACCGUGUACGUGUGGCAGAUGGAAACCGGUCACUUGGACAGGGUAUUGCAUGGAAUCAUUGCCGAGGAAGUCAUGAAUGCCUGUGAUGAGAACACGGGUGAUUCGGGUAGUAGUAGUGGAUCGACUUCGGAAAUGGGUCUAUCGAAUCCCGCUGUCCAUUUCUUUAGAGGUCUCCGCCAUCGUAACUUCAAUGCCAUUCGCCAUGCCACACAGCGUGGCAUUCAUCAGUUGCAACAACUGCAUGCGCACAACAACCAGCAUGGAGACUUUCUGAUGAAGAACCGAAGUAGUCCGUUGAUAAUUCAGGGAUUACGGACCAACCCGAAAGACGCUGAAAGUCAUAUUUUGUUCUUCGAUAUCGAGGGUUUGAUCUUUGAGCUGCAUGCCGAAGAAUACGCUGCCAUGAGCCCUAGUACAUUAGAGGCUGAAGGACUCCUUGUUCCUGCGGGGACCGACACUCAUUCAUCUGAAGCAGGCAAGAAAAUUUCAGACUUUCUCGGUCGUGUGAAGAAUAAAGCUGGUGACAUGGAAAAAAUACUGAAAGAGAAAGAUAAACACGGUAUACUUGCCAAAAUGAAGGAAGGUGCAGAAAACGUACAAACCAAGGUUCAGGCCAAGUUAGACAGUGUGGUUAAGAAUGUCGGUGAUUCGGGUAAGGACGCAUCGGAUAUUACAAAAAAGAUUGCUCCUCGAAUGGAAGCCACCCACGUGAUGGAGGUAGCUCAGCUAUUGUUGUCUCUAUUGCACUCCUGGGGGCUGGAUCCCCACCUGGACAAAGUCUGCGAGACUCAGCUCGGCCUAUUGAGGCCCAAGAUCCCCGUAUCGUUCGGCGUGUUGUCAAAGGGCGGCUACAUGUCUCUUCUGCUGCCAACCUGGCAGAACAACAUUGAUAUUAAGAUAAGCCCCGAAGAGAUAAGAGCUAUUUCUUCAACUCCGGAGCAAAUGCGUCAACAGCAUCUGACCAAUCUCUUCACAGCUCGACUGCACUGGGAAUUGAGCACUACUCUUACUUCGAACCAUCUGCUGGCACUGAUUUCCAUGUCCAACACGCUCAUGUCGAUGAACAUGGCUACGUUUAUUGCCGAGCAGGAACGUAACCGCAAGCUGCACCGUCAAUCGACUAAGGCAUCCUGGACAAACGACGAAGAGCAGGAAGAGCUCUACACCCAACAGCAGGCACAAAUCAAGCAGGGCUGGAGUUUGCUCUCGACUCACCACUGCUUCUUGCUGCCCGAGAAGAUAGACGCCCUCGAUGCGAACACCUUCAAACGGCCGCAGGUGGAGAUGAUGGCGCGCCGUUGGCAACAUCAUUGCUUGGAGAUUCGUGAGGCAGCGCAACAGCUUCUUCUCGGUGAGCUCGGGCGAAUGGGCAAGAAGGGUAGGAAGCAACUGGUCGAAAGUUGGGCUCAGUAUCUACCGAUGUACACCCAUACUGAGCCCAUUGUCCAGCAAUCGCAAACCACGAAUCCGUCGAAUCCUGGUUCCCCGGUGUCGACCGUACCAGGAGGUCCACCACUUGAAGCACAAGAAGAAGAAUCUGAAGAAGAGGAGGAAGUUGUACGGAAACCGUCAAGCUUGGCUGAGUUAAAACGGAAGCAAACAACGGCGGUCGUACUGCUUGGAGUGAUAGGUGCUGAGUUCGGUCAAGAUAUCUCGUCUUCGGACGGCAAACGAAACAACGAGAACCGUCGGAAGAGUUCUGUGGUAGAAGGAUUCGGCAUCGGAAACAAUAACCUUGCGCGGUCAACGUCUAUGGCUUUGACGCAUCUGUUACUGGCUCCGCCUUCGCAAAAGCUCCCAGCAUAUACGCCAUUACGACGGGCGGCCAUCGAUUUGAUCGGUCGUGGCUUCACCGUCUGGGAACCGUACAUCGACGUCAGUAAGGUCCUGCUCGGACUGCUGGAGAUGUGCUGCGACUCUAAUCGGCUAAUCCCCAGUCUGAACUAUAAACUUCCGUUGACUCCACAAGCGGAUGCCUGUCGGACGGCACGGCACGCGUUGCGGUUGAUAGCUACUGCAAGACCGGCCGCUUUCAUCACGACAAUGGCUCGUGAGGUGGCUCGGUACAACACUAUGCAGCAGAACGCCCAGGCCAUCAGUGUUCCGAUUACGCAGUCGGUGUUACAUAGAGCUAAGCGGGAAAUUCUGCAGUGUGUGGAAAUGCUGAUUGAUAAGAUGCAGACCGAGAUCGCUAAUUUGCUGGUGGAGGUCAUGGACAUAACACUACACUGUGUUGACUCCGGCGAUCUGAAAAAUAAAGGCCUUGCCGAAGUCUCACCGUCGAUGUGCAAGUUCAACCAAGUAUCUCAUUGUGGUGCUUCGAGGAGAAUUUCCGUUGGAGCCAGCAACGGCCAUCUGGCCAUUUACGAACUUCGGCAAAACAAGUGCCAGAUGAUUCCGGCGCACACGAAGCCCGUUACAGCGCUCGCUUUCAGCCCGGACGGUAAGUUCUUGGUAAGCUAUUCAUGUGCGGAGAAUCGGCUCUCGUUCUGGCAAACCAGUACCGGAAUGUUCGGACUGGGUCAGUCGCAAACCCGGUGUAUCAAGGGGUACUCGACGGCACCGAUUCCCGAUGUGGCUCGGUUGAAUCCCAUGCGGUUGGCUAAAUUGAUCUGGAUCAACAACCGUACCGUGACGCUGAUGUUGGCCGACGGAUCCGAAACUAGGUUCAACGUUUAAGUGAGUAAAUGCUGUGGACAGUAUUGUGCAUAUAGAUAAUCCAAAGUAAUAAUCGCCCCCUAAAUCACAAUCACGUGUGUAUAUUGCCCAUACCAGUUGCUACAGUUGGAUUUUAAACUAUCCUCAGAUAUAAAAAGCGAUAACCAUUUGACUGGCUUCACUACAUUACAUAGAUUCUUGUUAUUUGCAAACGUUUUUCUUUGGAUUUAGCAGGGUUAUGUCGUUAGCCAUUUGAAAGUAGGCGUAAGCGAACGGAAAUCCCAAGAAGCAUUUUUAAGUCAAAUGAAACCAAAAUUAAUAGUUGUGGUUUUUGUAAGGCUUCAAAAACCUAUCAAAAACCUCUUCAAGACUAAUUGGUCUUCAAAAUGUCAUUUGGGUUUUGACAAUCGAACUGUCAACUGUUGUCUUUUGGAUUAAGAAUUCAAGUUACCUUUUUGUAAUCGUAGAUGAUUCAUUCAUAAUGAUGAGACUUUGUGAGUACGCUCAUUAAACACGCAGUCUUCAGUCUUCAUUGCUCCCUUUUUCACGGCCCGCAUAUUCUACAACUUCGAAGUCCUGAAUAUAAAAUUUGAAUUAAUUUUUUGGCAAAAAUGCGUGUGAAACACCACAUUUUCCAUGUCAUUCGUGACCUUAAGAUAUUCCUUUUACAAUAAUUUCGCAAAGAGUUGUAUUAGGGUUGCUCCAAACUUCCCACUGUAUUUUUUGUUGGAGGGAAGUACCCGCUUGAAUAUUCUACAGCAAGUGCUUCCGAACACUUACGUAAUUUCUCAAUAAAAUCUGCAAGGAAUUCAUACAAGGAUUCCACUACAAUUUAUGGUGUAGUGUAGUUCUAUAAUUUUUUUUUUUCAAAUUUUGGCUUGAUUUCCUAAAAGAAUUUGGCUUGUAAUUUCUCCAAGAAGUCCAUAAAAUCGUUUCAUAUUCUACUUAUUGGAAACAUGUUUUCUAGCAAACAAUCUUUUCAAGGGUUGUUAAACAAUCCUCGAAACGUCACGGUAGAAUGUGUCAAAUCUUUCGAGAGUUAGUCAAGCUUUAUAGAAAAUAUCUACAAAACUGUUUCUUAUAAAAUUGUCAGAUAUUUGAAAUACGAAUCAAAAAAAGAAAAAUUUAAAAAUUGUUUUUUUUUUUCUAAAAAAAAUUUUAGAAAUUAAUUCUAUAAAUUUAUCCUUUCCACGUUGCUGGUCGCGGUCGUGCCUCUGAUCAUGCUGAAUAUCAUCUUUCAAUCAUCCUCUAACAGUAACCAAAGUCCGGUCCAGCCAAACGACCAACCAAAAGAAAAGCGAAAACGGAAAGAUAAAAUCUAAUGGCAAUUGAUGCAGCAUGCGCGAUUCUUGGACGCCCAACGCUGCUGGAGGCUUAUAUAAUUAUGCAAAUUCGGCAUAGAUAUUUAUUUCUUUAGAUGCAUGUUGUGUGUUCUUUCGUGACCGCAACCUGUCUUCUAACCUUCUUUCCUUUCGUUUUUCACAUCUCAUCUCAUCAAAGCAAAAAAAAAACUGCUUUCACUAUACAUAUAUUAAGAAGGUCGUCACAAAAGAAAAACGAAGAGACACAUUCGCAUUCGGGUUAAUUAUGGACUAAAAGGGAACGAAUUAUGAUUUGACCUAUUUCCGUGAUUAUUCUUGCAAGCAAACUAAUGGCUAGGUGGUUUUGCUUCCUGGAUUUUGAUUUAGUAGAGGCAGACUGGUGUACUGACCUGGAUUUUUUUUGCUUUCUUUUCCCGGAUUUGUUUCCUAACUUGAGAAAUGUAGGUUAGUUAUUUAGAUGAAAAAGAUCACAACAUAUAGAUAUUGUUCCAUAUGAAUGUUAUAAGAUUUAAAUGUUAUACCAAUGUGCAAACCUAUUAGAAGUAGAAUAAUUUCUCGAUACUCUGUUGGAAAUAAAUUCAAACUUAUAAAAAUUAAA